GGACCGAACCUUCCUCAGCCUCCCUCACGUUGCCAGGGGCUGCCGGCCCGUCUCGGCUUGGGGACACUCGCGCUGUUGCUGCCGGCGCGUGGGGUGCAUGCCUGUCUGGGUGGCUGCAGGCUUCUGCCCCUGCCCUGUCUUCACAGCGGAAAUGUCAGAAAAGGAGAACAACUUCCCCCCGCUGCCCAAGUUCAUCCCCCUGAAGCCCUGCUUCUACCAGAACUUCUCUGACGAGAUCCCUAUCGAGCACCAGGUCCUGGUGAAGAGGAUCUACCGCCUGUGGCUGUUCUACUGCGCCACCCUGGGCAUCAACCUCAUCGCCUGCCUGGCCUGGUGGAUCGCCGGCGGCUCGGGAGCCAACUUCGGUCUGGCCCUGGUCUGGCUGCUGCUCUUCUCGCCCUGCGGCUACGUGUGCUGGUUCCGGCCCGCAUACAAGGCCUUCCGAUCUGACAGCUCCUUCAACUUCAUGGCGUUUUUCUUCAUCUUCGGAGCCCAGUUCAUCCUGACCGUCAUCCAGGCUAUUGGCUUCUCGGGAUGGGGCGCAUGUGGUUGGCUGGCCGCGAUUGGGUUCUUCCAGACCAGUGUCGGGGCCGCCGUGGUCAUGCUGCUUCCGGCCAUCAUGUUCUCCAUGUCGGCCGCCAUGAUGGCCAUCACGAUCAUGAAGGUGCACAGCAUCUACCGCGGGGCUGGCGGGAGCUUCCAGAAGGCGCAGACGGAGUGGAGCACAGGCGCCUGGCGGAAUCCGCCGUCCCGGGAGGCCCAGUACAACAACUUCUCGGGGAACAGCCUGCCUGAGUACCCCACCGUGCCCAGCUACCCGGCCAGCGGCAGCCAGUGGCCUUAGGGGGAGUCCGGCAGCCCCGCUGCCCGCCCUCCACCGGCCCACCUGCCCCUCGCCAUCCACUGCCACUGCCCUGGGUUUGGUGAGGCCCCACCGCCAAACGGGACGGCAGACCCGGGGGCUCUCGGGGACCCGCCCCCGCAUUCACCUCACUCCCGAGAGCAGGGCUCCCUGCGGGCUCUGCCCAGAAGCUGUCCGGCCGCCGCUGUCCAGCAGAAGGCCACCCCCUGUGGUCCUGAAUGCGUUUAGUCACCGUGACGUCCACUGUGCUGCAGCCACACCCUCUCCCCUUGGGGUCUCGGGGGGCUGACCCGGGCCUUGCAGGUCAGAGGUGGGCCGGCUGCCCCCUUUCCAGAGCUGCUGACGCGGAGAAGGGCCCCGGCCCUGCAUCCACCCUUCCCGGCUUCCAUCCGGGUGGUCACCCUCGGCCCAGCUUCCAGUAAGAGGGAAAGAGGGAGGCCUUCCCAGCACCAGGUUCCGGUCCCUGGUGGGAGACGGAGGGGCAUGACGGUAGCCGGAUCCUCCACGUGUUUCCCCUCUUGUGGACUUGCCGCCUCAGUGCCAUGAUCUGAGCUUCACCCCGUCUGGCUGGCUGUCCAUCUGUCCAUUGGCAGCUUACCUCCAGUCCCCCUGCCCGUGGCCACGCUCAUUCCGAGACGCUCUCAUCUCCCCUGGAGGUGUCUUAGAGCUGGGACCCUCAGGCAGGACCUCGUCAGAUCUGACACCUGGGACCAACUCGCUCUGCGGGGAAGGGGAGCCGCCGGUCUGUCCCCGAUGAAAGCAGACGGGAAACCAGACGCGUCUCCGCAGAGCGCACGCCCCAGGCCGAGCACUGGGCCCGAGGCUCGUGGGCUGCCGUCCACGCAGGGGCCGUGGGACCAGGAGUUGGAGUCCCUGAGGGGACAGAGGAGAGUGACAAGUCUGUGCCUUAUUAGGAAUCUGAACCCGCCCCUUCGCUCUGCCCUCCGGUCCUUCCAGCUCCUUCCCAGACAAGCAGCCUGCACCUGUGUGAGUGGAUGGGCCCCCGUCCAGGCUCCCGGGCGCCCCGGAUGCUGCCCCUCGGCUCCUAGCCGCCCAGCCCUCGGGGCAGGACGCCCUUCCUGUCGCACCAGCUGGGCCGCCCCCCACGCCUCUGCCUGCUUGCUUGGCUACUCGUGCUGAACACCCCGCGGUGCCCGAAGGUGGCUGCGAGAAAGCGCCCGGGUCUGGGACCCUAAUGGGCCCCUGAGAUGGCGUCCCCGAGGCCACCUCCCGUGACGGAGGCGUGCGCCGCUCUCCCCGUGGGGCCGAGUCUCGCGUGAGCGGGGCGCCACCAGUGACGGGCGAUGAGCAGGCGUCAGCCAGCCCGGGAUCGCCCACAGCACCCACCCCUACCCCGCUCCUCGCUGUGCGUUGUGGUUUUUGUUACGUGAGAAUAUCCAGGAAAUAAAGACAUCCUUUCCGCAUCAGAGGAGCCUCCGAGGGGGCUGUUUUUGGCGCCAUGUGGUAUCACCUCCGGGGCCUUCCUCCCCUGGGUCCCAGCGCCCACGGCCUCCGGUGGGAUAAACCAGGACCAGGCUGUGCGCUGGGCCGAGUGCCGUCCACGCUGCCGGCCGCCCCUGCCCGGGACCCUGCCCCACCCACCGCGGAACCUCGCCCGCAAGCCAUGUCCCUUCGUGUUCUUGCUUUCAGUCACAUUUUCUUCACGCUCAGCAGCUUUCAUCUGAGAAAGAAAAUUUGCAGGAAGUGAGACACCAGCGCCACUUGCCGGGAAGGAGACACGAGGGCUGAAGUGGCUGAGAUAGGAGCGGCGUGGGUCUGCAGAGGCCCCAGCCCGGCUCACGGGGGGCCCUGGUGGUGGAGUGGACACCCCGCGUGGACACAGGAGAGCGGCGGCGGGUCUGUUACCCCACGGACACCCGGGGAAGGAAACGAAGUCAGCAGAGAGGAGGCAGACGGAACCCAGAGCAAGUGGCGUGGGUUUCCUCGCGUCCCCCCAAGUUCACGUGAAGUCCUGACCCAGCACCUCAGAGUGGGACCUGUGUGGGAACGGGGUCUUUGCGGGAGUAGUUAGUUAAGGGGAAGUCACACAGAAGCAGGUGGUCCUAACGCAGCAGGACUGGUGUCCUUAAGAGGGGGGCCGUUUGGACACACACGGGGAGGGGCCAUGUGAAGGCAGAGGCAGAGAUGGGGUGAGGCCGCUCCGAGCCUAGGGUUGUGGGGAACCCCGGAAGCCAGGGAAGAGUGGGGGCGGAAGAGGGCAGGUGGUCCCUGGGCAGGAGCCAGCCUGGGACCCCGGAUCUCGGGCUCUGCCCUGCCGAGCUGAGGGGAUACACGUGUGUGAGCCGCGCAGUCUGCGGUGCUGGGUCGCGGGCGGUGUAGGGCUCACCUGUCGGUGUGGGGGACGUGGGUCUGGGGAAGGGCAUCCGCGUCCUCGGCUCAGAGGUGACGGGGACACAGGACAGGGUGGAGGUGAGGGGACCAAGGCCAGGUCGAGAAGGGGACCGUCUGCUGGGGCGGCCGUAACGGGACCACUGACCUGGGACCUAAACGAAGGAUUUAUCCUUCCCGGUUCUGGAUCCAGGUGUGGCCGGACCGCACUCCCUCCAGACUCCAGGGGAGGGUCCUUCCUGCCUCUCCGACCCUCAGGGCGCUCCAGGCUCUGCCUCUGUCCUCACAGCCUUCUCUUCUGUCUCUUACGAGGAAACCAUCCUUGGACUUGGGGCCCACCCCACAUCCGGCAUGAUCUCAGCUGGUUCCUUACCUUUCAUACAUCUGAAAAGACCCUGUUUCCAAGUAAGAUCACAGGUUCCGGGCCACCGCUCAGCCCGUCCAGGGAAAGAGAACCGAGGCUGCACCGAGGGGCUUGGCUUUGGGGAUGGGUCCCUGGGAUGGACGAGAGCAUCAUUCACGGGGGAAGGGGUGCAGGUGAGGGUGGGGGCACGGCACCUGCAGACGCCCGUGGGAGCCUUCCUGCAGGGGAGGCUGGGCUGAGAGCAUCCUCAGUGGGAUCCGAGGGGAGGGGCUGACCUUGGUCGGGAGCAGCGACAGGUCACCUCUGGUGACAGGAGGCCGGCGGACCAGGCAGGUCCUGCGAAUUGUGAGUAGUUGAUAGCUGACAGCUUCUCACCAGCUGUCCUCCAGCUCGGGGUUCCCUGGGCACUGCGAGCACUGGGGUUGGAGCAUCUUCUGAGGACUGUCCGGGGUGCUGCGGGGUGUGGAGCAGCCUUGCUGGCCCCACCCCCUUGAUGCCAGUAGCCCCCCAGUCGUGAUGACCACAAACGUCGCCAGACAUGGCCCCGUGUCCCCUGGGGGCAGGACCACCCGGGUGAGAUCCCUGCUUUAGCUGCAAGAUUUGACCUGGCAGAUCUGUUCUCAGUGGAAGUCAAGAGCAGCAACUGAACUAGAAAACUUGAUGAAGGUUUUUUUUUUUUAAUCUGAUUGAGGGAUCAAGUACCCUCAGUUUCAUGCCAAAGCAUCGAGGCUGAUGGAAGUCACUUCCAGGAGUAAGAACAUAAAACAAAAAAAAAACCAAAGUUUUUAAAAGGGGACUUGCCUGGGCGUCCAGUGGUUGAGACUCCGCGCUCCCGAUGCAGGGGGCCCAGAUUUGAUCCCUGGUCAGGGAACUAGAUCCCACAUGCUGCACGGCGUGGCCAAAAAAAAAAAAAAAAAAAGGUAACUGGAAGCGAUUUAACUUUGCUAUGGAGAAAAUGAAUGAUUGAUCAGGAUUACAUUUGAUUUGUAGAGUUUACUCCGAACCUACUCAAAGAAACUCAUCAGUUGGGGGGUGGUGAAUCUGGGUUUAGAUGCUGUCUUUCAUCAACAAAGACCCAGGGGCCAGGGGGCAGGUGGAAAGGUCCAUGUAACAGACAACCACAGACUGGGUGGCUUAACACGGGCAGGAACUGACGCCCACAUUCUGGAGGCCUGAGUGCAAGGCUGAGGUGUCACAGGGCCCUGCUCCCUCUGAGACCUUUGGGGGGACCCUUCCUGCCUCACCCAGCUCAGUACUGUUAUUUACUAUAUUAGGAUUGAAGACAGAAAAUUUUGAAACAUUUGUUAAUGUCAUUUAAAAAAUAAACUCAUUACAUUUGAACUUUUUUUUUGAAGUAUAGUUGAUUUACAAUGUUACGUUAGUUUCAGGUGUACAGCAAAGUGAUUCAGGUAUACAUACAUGUAUAUCUAUUCUUGUUCAGAUUCUUUUCCAUUAUAGGUGUUUUUUUAACAUCUUUAUUGGAGUAUAAUUGCUUUACACUGGUGUUUCCAUUAUAGGUUAUUAAAAGGUAUUGAAUAUAGUUCCCUGUGCUAUACAGUAGGUCCUUGUUGUUUAUUUUAUAUACUGUAGUGUGUAUAUGUUAAUCCCAAAUUCCUAAUUUACCCCCCCUUCCCCCUUUGGUAACCAUAAGGUUGUUUUCUAUGCCUGCAUUUUAACGUUUUUAAAAACCACAUUUUGCAAAAAUAAAAAUAGAAG